CCCGGUUUCAACUCUUUGAGGAACACCACGUCUGCUCGUGUAGCUUUGCUCUACAUGUACGCGUGUAGUCGUACUCGGCUCUUCUCUUACUCUCAGUGUGUUUGGGAGUACCAGUUCGUAGGUAUAAAUUCCCGUCCACGGACGGUAAACGAAGUAUAUUUUAAACGUUCCAAGUCUAUCCAACCCUAGAUAUUUGCUUCCUCUCGGAUAUACUUUCAUCUAGAUCACGUAGUUCUCGGCAAACAGCUGCUGCAUAUUUACUGGAUAGUCGGCGGAUUGACAAGUGGGAUUGGUCGUGCUACAACAUGGUGCUUACCAAGAAAGAAAACGGAACGGACGGGGCCGCCGCGAAAGCCAAAUACGACCCGGAGUUCACAGACAAUGUCAUUGCCGCUACGGGUUCGAAGGCCCAUCCUCGUCUAAAGGAGAUCAUGCCAAGCCUUCUACGGCACCUACACGACUUUGCUCGGGACGUAGACUUGACAGUCGCGGAGUUGAUGGCUGGCAUUGAACUAGUAAGUCAACUUGGCGCCGGCUAGAAAUCCAAGAGACUGCUGACAUAUCAUCAUAGAUAAACGAGGCAGGCCGCAUGUCUACCGACAAGCGUAACGAGACGGGUUUGCUAUGCGAUAUCCUCGGCCUAGAAUCUCUCGUAGACGAAAUCACAUCUAAAUUGCUCCUCGAAAGCAGCGAAUCUGGGGCGGUUACGCCUUCGACCGUCCUCGGGCCUUUCUACCGAAAAGAUGCGCCGCUUCUGCCCAACGGCAGCAGCAUCAUAUACACAGCGCCGGACUCAUCCUGGUACCUACAAGCCGAGAAGUGGCUAACACACCUAUCGGGGCGAGUGUUGAGCGCGUCGACGGGGAAACCAGCGCCAGGCGCCGUCGUAGACAUCUGGCAGGCGGCCCCGAACGGGCUAUACGAGCAGCAGGACCCAGCGCAGCCAGACAUGAAUCUACGAGGACGCUUCCAGACGGACGAGCUAGGCCGGUAUGCGGUAUACUGCGUGCGCCCGUCCGCGUACCAGGUCGCGCCAGACGGGCCCGCCGGGCGCCUGCUCGAGCUGCUCGACCGCCACCCGUACCGGCCUGCGCACAUACACUUCGUGAUAACGGCGCCGGGGUUCCGGGCCCUGACCACGCAGGUGUUCGACCGCGAGGACGUGUAUAUUAAAGACGAUACGGUCUUCGCCGUUAAGGAUGAGCUGCUGGUGAGUUUUGAGCCGCGCGAGGGAGACGAGAAGGCCCGCUGGACGGUGAAGUAUGAUUUUGUACUGAGUGAGGCAUGAGGAAUAGAUGGAUUAUGUAUUUGUGUUGGUGGUUGAUCAGUAGGAGAGGGGCGUGUUAGUACUUGCGUUUGUAUAGUCCCUUGUUGUUUCGAAGGGUUUAUUUGGGGUCAGUAUACGUAGUAUGCCUAUUAGAAGAAACCGAAUGGCUGGUAUUAGUAGUUUGCUUUUACCCUAGUUAUAGGUAUGAAUCCUAUAGGUGUGACGUCUACCCUCAAGGGGAUAGCUAAUCACUCUUUAAAUAGAUGUAGCUCAUACAAUGAUAAGUGUCAAGAGGUCCUCUUAUUAUGUGGUGAGAAUUAAAGAGGUAUGCUGAU